AUGCGCUACGAGAACUGGGACGUGCUUCUGUUUCCAGAGAGCUCCAAGGUGCCUCUGCAGGAGUUCAAGACCCAAUGUUUUGUCGUUAAGGAUACAGAAUCCCCGUACCUGCACAGUCCUGCGCUCGUCAAUCCGGCCUCGUAUUAUUUGCCUCAAGGCAACCAGGGACUGUUGCCGGUUCUCACCACCUUCAUCCCCAGCAUCGCCCCGAACACCGCCUUCCGGGUGUCCAUCCAUAGCUGGGAAAAGCCUCGUCCCACCCGGCUGAUGGACAGUCUCUUGCAGCCUGAAGAUGCUCUGCUUUUUGAGAUUCGAAUUUUCAUCGACGGUCUGUGUGUCGCGGGAAGUGUUUUCAGUCAGAGGACUAGCUGGCCCCAUGUGAUCGAUGUCGACAAGAGUGGCAAUCAGGACACGCUUCGGUUUCCUCCUUUCCAUCACGAGAUCCUAGAGCAACGAUACUGGGAUGCUGGCGAGCUCUAUGGAAGAAUUCGCGUGGUAGUCUCCGAAGGGUUCGCGCGACCACAUCGCACCCCGCCGUUUGAGCGAGUCAAAGAGGUUGUGGCAUUUUCUUUCCAGCAUGCUCCUCUCCAUGUCUUAGAAUGUUCUAGCAUUGCCUGGCCAAACGCUGCCAUGUGGACUCGUGAACCUCGUCUCUUUAAAUACAACUCCGGAAGUGGAGCCAGCGAACUGAAGGAGCCAGAGGACACUCACACCCACUCGCCAACCAGACACAGCGCCCAGCAGGCCACGUCUACCGUUCAGGUCGCCAACCCAGCUAUACAAAGUACCUGGCAGUACAAAACCUACCAGGGACUCAUCCCUCAGUGGCCAGGCAAACUCGGAGAAUCCAAGUGGGCGCCCCAAGAUCCGCCAUUCAUGCCGGAUGCUUAUAUCGAUCCUUACGUUCUCGACCCAGCUGCCCGGCAUCGCGGUGCUAGACCGUCCUGGGAGGACAUUUCCAUGCCAGACUAUGUCUCUAGCACGACCGGUAGCCGGGCCAUCUCAAGCAUGACUGGCGCUAGUUACGAACACAGCAAGCACCCCAGCAUCAUCGCGCCGAUUGACGAGGAGGCAUAUACUCAAUUGGUUGAGGCGCUGAGUCCACCCAAACCUCUCGCCUGCGGCACCCAUGCACCGACCAACACUCCGUCUAGCGUGGCCCCGGUAGGUGGCAAGCUCUCAGCUGCAGCCGAAGCACGCUCGGCAUCCUACAACAGGGAUGGCAGUCGAUCCUGCGUUCUCAGGGAGAUCUCUCAGGCCGGAACCAGAAAUGCAUCCGAAUCGAGCGUCAAGUCUAGCCUCUUGCCCGAUCCUUUGACAGAGGCCGCGGCAUCGAGCAAGUUGCAUGCCAGCCCAAACGUGAAUGUUAAGAGUCGGAAAGAGGGAAUGUCUCAGGACAACAAGGAGAACGAAAGUGCUGGGGAAACACCACGCAAGGAGAGUGAAAAAAUCAAUAACACUCCGACCAAGACGGUCAGGCGUUUAAGCGGGAACAUUGACUCUCCAACUGAAGCAAGAAGGCAGCGGUCUAUCAGUUCUGCGCGUGGCGAGGGCAUCACGCCUUCUAAAGAGGAAUCGAUCUCAUGCCCGCCUGUGCAAGAGUCGCCCGUCUCAGAGGAUCGUCGAGUCGGCCUGGACGAACUCCUCGAUUCUAGCAUUCAGCUGAUGAGGAGCACGUCUGAAGUUACUUCAAUUGAUUGA